UCUCUGCGAAGGGUUUUCUACCAGCUUCUCUACGUGAUCCUGAUGAUGAAUAAAGGCAAACAGGGGAAGCCCUCCCUCCUCGUACCCAGCCAAGCCAUCCUUUCCACCCGGGACCAGGCCAUCCAUUUUGUUUGUCAUCUUGUAGAUGAGCUGAAAGACCUGGCGCUGCCUUUCCUGCAUAUCCUCCUGCAGCAUAUCUGCUUCCAGAUGGUGGAGAAGAGUGAGUUUCGAAGCCAUGGAGCCCAGGCUGUGGGUAUGCUGACGUCUCAGAUGGCAAGUACAGACUAUGCCUGCUUCAUCAAGUGGCUGUUUAACUACUCCAGACACUCAAAGAUGGUGUGCCGGCUGUUUUCCGUGGAUGUGGUGAUGGUUUUGCUGGAGCAGCCAGAGAGGAGGCCGGAAGAGUGUCUGGACCCAGAGCUCACCUGCUUCCUGCCACACAAGUUCUUGAUCCAGAGCCUGCUGUUUGCUCGGCGGAUGGACGACUCGCCCACUGUUCAAGGCCACGCCCUCGCCUGCCUGGCCCAGUGUCUGGAGCUGCCUUCUUUCAACGUCACGCGGGCUGUCCACAACCUCUUCUCUGCUACUGGAACCCAGACAGUACUGGAAGGUGAAAUUACAGAAGGAGGUUCCCAGAACAGUCAGAAAACCUACCGCACUCUGCCGUUCAGGACUGUGGAGAUGAGCACCACUGACGUCUCCGACUGUGACGCAAAAGAGAACCUGGCUCUUCUCCUGAAGCGUGUAAAAGAUUUGAAGACUAACGUGAGAAAAUCAGCAUUGCAGGCCCUUGUGGGUCUCCUGAAACACAACGUAAUCCCCAUGAGCUGGGAGAACCUGGCUAUACUGUCAGAGCGGUGCAGAGACCCAGCUGUUUCUGUGAAGAAGAAGGCCCUGCAGUGUAUAGGAGAGCUGCUGACUGCUAAACCAGAGUGCAGUGUGGUGCAGAAGGCAUGGCUUCAGGGCGUGGUGCCAGCUGUGGUAGACUCUGAAAACUCUGUGCAGGACAAGGCCCUGGAGGCUCUGGACCAAGUUCUGCUAAGCCAGGUCAAACCGUACUCUGCCAGUCGCCACCUGGAUGCCAGUCAGAGGCUGACCUGGGACCUGCUAGCCCUGCUCUGUCAUGACUGCCAGAACCUCAGCCGGUAUUUCAGCAGGGCCUUCACCGUCUGGUCCAAAGAGAACAAGUUCACACAGACUUUCAUCACUAACCUGAUCUCACACACUGACGCCGAUCACGCCGCCGGGGCCUGGUUGCUGCUCUCCAAGGUUGUUGCUUCGUCCCCCAGACUGCCCUAUGGGAAGAUCCUGGAUGCCUGGGACAGCAUGGUCAGUUCAAAGGAUGUAAAUGUGACAACCUGCUGUCAUAUCCUGUGUGUGAUGGGAGACAUCGCCAAACAUUUGAACAAAGAUACCAAGAGCAGAAUAGUUAAUGAUCUGAUGUCUUGGUUGAAGACUUUUACUUUGUCUCUGGAGGUGAUCUGUGCUGCUCUAGUGACUCUUUAUCAAUAUGGCCGCAGUGAAAACAUCAAAGAGACUCAGGUAAAACACCUCCACACUCUGGGUGUGGCGUCACUUCACUGUCCUGCCAAGGUUGGCAAGAGGACGGUGCUGCUGGUGGAAUCUGUCCUCACAACACAUUCUGACAAACUGGCAGAGUGCGGGGAUGAGCUGCCAGCAUCACUGCCUCUGUCCCAGUUCAAAGCUAACUCUCUACCAACCAGAGUCCGAGCUCACGGAGUCAUUGCUUUAGGUAAACUGUGUCUGCAGCAUGAGGAUCUCGUCCAAAAGUACCUGCCGUUUGCCAGAGAACUUGAGGUUGGGACAGAGGUUGCCGUGCGCAACAAUGUGGUUGUGAUCAUGUGUGACCUGUGUGUUCGAUACACCAACAUCGUGGAUCAUUAUAUCCCCAACAUCUCUGGUUGUCUGCGGGACAAUGAGGCUGUCAUCAGGGAGCAGACCCUCAUCAUGCUGACCAACCUGCUCCAGGAGGAAUUCGUCAAAUGGAAGGGCUCCCUCUUCUUUCGCUUCAUGGUGGCGCUGGUUGACCCAGUCCCUGCCAUCGCCAGUCUGUGUGAAUACUGCCUGGUCCACCUGCUGCUGAAGAAGAUCCAAAUGUUCAGCCAGCACUUCAUCGAGUGCAUCUUUCACUUCAACUCCUACAACAAACACAAGUCCUACAACAAGUUCCCUCAAAGUGAGAGAGAAAAGGCUCAAUUUUCGCUGAAAGGAGCUCAGCACCGCGAGAAGCGUUUUCGGAUCUACCGCUUUCUUUUGGAGCACUUCACGGACACCCAGCGCUUCAACGUCACUAUCAAGAUCAACCAGACCGUUUUAGCAUGCUUUGCGGACGAGGAGCUUCCUUUGGAUGCAGACGGGGCUGAAAUUUUAUCUGAGACCUUCAACAUCUUGAGUCUGAACGAGAUGAAGCUGCAGGCUGUAUCUGCUCCAGCAGGGGGUGCUUCAGGGGAGGAACCCGAGGAGGAGAACAUGGCCACUAUGGCUAAGGUUGUCCUGCAGGCUGCACAGAAGAAGGUGGUGUCGCAGGUCCAGAAGAAGGCCUUCAUAGAGAACACAGUUCCUCUCAUCAUCAGCCUGAAGAGCCUGCUGGAGCAGAAACGCUCUCCUGUGCUCCGAGACCUCAUGUCCUACCUUCAGGUGACCAUGCAAGAACAUCGUAACAAGGUAAAGGACUUUUUCCCUGGAGAUGAGCAGCUGGCAGUUGAGGUGGACUUUGCUCUGAAGAUGGCUGAGAAGGAGAAAGAGAUGGAGAAGCAGAUGGACAACUGCAGCUUGACAGGAGACGCCAGGCCUCCAACUACACAGUGUUCAGUCCAGGGCUCUCCCAUCAGGUCCAGGCUCCUCCCCUUUACCUUUGCCACACCACAGCUGCUACGUCCAAACCCCAUGUCUGCCAGGCUGGUACAGACUGACAGGCGUGUGCACGGAUCCAGGCAGGAGGAACAUGUUCAGUCAAUCGCUCUGGAACGAACAGUGAUGCCCAAAGGAGCUGUGAAUGACAGAGCCAUCAGCACACCAAAAGGUGUCAACGUCAAUUUAACUUUUGAUGAAGGAUUCAGCGCAAUCUUCAGUGACAAAGGAACAAGUCUUGUCGGGGAGACCAGUCUUCUUCACGUGAGGUCAAAUGAGCAGCAGUAA